AUGGAAAGGGCUUCCAUUGAAAGAACAAGAGCCGUGGAAGAAACAUGCGGAUGUAAGCUUAGCAACCCCUUCUCUCAUUUUUAUUGUAUUUUAUCUCGUGGGGCGCAUGCUUAUACAGUCGUACAGGAAGAGAAGGCUAGGCACUUGCAGAAAUACCCAGGCUACCGGUAUCAGCCACGACGGCCUGGCCGCAAGAGAAGGAACACAAAUACUGUCGGCCCUACGGUGAAAGUAGAUGUCUCUGGCACGUCUAUUUGCAGUCGAUGUGGAGGGAAACCAAUGAAACCGCCCUCGACUCCGUCGACCCCUUUUAUUCCGACUUUCAAUGAUUCGAUAGACAGUGUGCAGGUUCCCUCGUCGCAUCCCGAAGAGAUUCAGCGCACACAAGGCCACCGCCUGAAAUUGGAGAAUGCACUUAGCCCUAUCAAUGUCACGUAUGAAGAAAGCUGGCGUCCAGCUCCAAUUCAGGAUGAAAAUAUACCACCACAAUCCCCGUGCAUUAAACGACGCCGCAGUGAAGAAAGGGAGAUGUACCCAUCGAUCCGCCAUCAUAUGGGGCCUGAUAACCCUUACUUAUCCAGAAUAACAACCUUACCCCGCCCAGAGCUGACUCAACGCAUUAACUCACCUAAUUAUAUCUGGGGCUCUCAAUCGCAUUAUUCAAGCUCAGUACCAGGAUCGCCUCAUGAUCCAAGUCUGGUUCUCCCGCCAUUGAAAAUAGCUACCUCAAAUCAUCCUCAUUGUUUGGCAAGCCUGGAAGAGCAACCAAAGACCGUUUCGUUCUUAGACAAGAUAAACUUAUUAUCCAAAGGAUCUCCACCCUUUAUGUCCUGUUCAACCCCAGUGUCUGGUCAGGCAGAGGGCGCCGUCAUUGCAAUCGAAGGCUGCAAUUCUGAAUCAGUAGCAUGUGUUACCGAAUAUUUGAACAAUUCUCUUUCAUGUGACGACGGUGGGAAUGUCAAGGUAUUCAAAGGACCAGAAUCAGGCAAUUCGACGGCAUCGGAGGACACACGAAAGGCGGCUGGGAAUUUCCUUGAGACCAUUUUCUCCUGGUAUAAAAUAUCGGGCACCAUAAUCGAGUUCCUCAAUGACCGCAUCCUACCCGCGACUACAAGAUCAACGCCUGGAGAGUCUGGAUCUAAUGCUUCAUUGCAGUCAAUCUUGCCUAAAACCGAAGACCUUAGUAUUUGUUCAACCGAGCGGUCCGCUUCUGAUGAAACUGUCUUUACACCUGAGCCCGGAGAGACUGUGCAUACUCCUACGUCAUCCUCUUGCAACAAUGACUCGACAUUCCGUGUCGCUCUAGUUCCACAUUACCAGUUAGCCACUACGGAAUCCCAUGCCGGCUCGACACCGCGCAAUAGCUCACACGACGCCAUUGAUCACUGGGAACGCAUGGCGAUGCAGUGGGGAAGCUGUGUCGGACCGGACAUCACCGUAUAUAUACGGGACUGCGAUCAAGUUGAGCUGAGCAAAUAUGGCACAGGGAACCCAGUUGAGAACCGUCUAAAUGACGUUCGUACGCUGGUGAUCAGGCGUCUUGCUAGUAGUACUGAGGGAAUCGAUGAAAAGGCACUGAGAAGAGUUGGGUUUGAAGUCAAAGAAUUCUUCAGAAAGUGA